AUGUGGGAUCAUUUUACUACUGUUGUUGUUAAUGAUAUCGAACAGGAAUUUGUUUGUUGUGACAAUUGUCGAGAAUUACUGGUUUAUCGAACAAGCGAUGGUACGAAAUCUAUGUUGAAACAUCAUCGUUCAUGUAAUGGACAAACUACUCUUUCACAAAAAUGUUCAAACAAUCCAGUUAAACUUACAGAAUAUUUUACGCCGUCGAGCAAUUCGAACAUACCUAAAAGAAUUACUGAAAAAGUGAAAAUGGCUUGCACAGAGUUCGUAGCUAUAGAUUGUCGGCCAUUUGAAUUAGUUAAUGGUGAAGGUUUUUUAAAAAUGGUUCAAUCUAUCUUUGAUGCUGGUCGAUAUUUCAGUCUCACAUCAAACAUUAAUAUUAAAGAUUUGGUUCCUUCGUCUAUUACAGUUGGUAGACAUGUUGAUCGUUUAUAUGAACAAGAAAAACGUCAAUUAUUAAAAUUAUGUUCUGAAAUGGAAUCUUUUUUGUAUUGUAUGUGA